CCUUCGACACUAUAAAGGAAUACAUCUUCCUGAUGACAAGCUCUCUUUGCAGUGAUACCUCACCCUUGGUCAUUCUAGAAGCAGCAUCUUCCACUACAAAAGCUUAGGAACUACAUGAGAAGUUAGAGUGCUGCUUGCAACGACCACAUCUUUGGACUACUACCUUCCACAAGAUCCAGGGCAUUCACAAUGAGCAUUAGUCAAGACGACGUGGAGAAGUUUCUUGAUGGCAACCCUGCUUUUGCCAAGCAGUACUUUGAGAAGAAGCUGAAAACAGAGUCCUGGGAUAACAACGAGAGUGAAAUACUUUUUGAGCUGAUCCAAGACAUGCAAGAAAGCAUCAACAUGGAGAAAGUGGUUUUCAAGACCUUGAGAAGAAUCAGGUCCCUCAUUCACGCCGACCGCUGUAGUCUCUUCAUGUACAGGCAGAGAAAUGGCACGCCCGAACUGGCAACAAGGCUUUUCAACAUCCAAGAGGGAAGUACUCUGGAGGAAUGUCUGGUGCCCCCAGACUGCGAGAUUGUCUACCCGCUGGACAUAGGCAUUGUGGGUUACGUUGCACAGACCAAGAAAACCAUGAACAUCAAGGAUGUCCACGAGUGCGCCCAGUUCAGUCCAUUCGUUGAUGAGCUCACCAACUACACUACGAAAAACAUCCUUGCAACACCCAUCUUGAAUGGCAAAGAUUUGGUUGCUGUCAUUGUGGCUAUUAAUAAACUGAACGGCCCCCACUUCACCAGCUCUGAUGAAACACUUUUUCUGAAGUACCUGAAUUUUGCGUCCUUGAACUUGAAAAUUUAUCACUUGAGUUAUCUUCACAAUUGUGAGACUCGAAGAGGCCAGGUGCUGUUGUGGUCCGCAAAUAAGGUUUUUGAGGAACUGACGGACAUUGAGAGGCAGUUCCACAAGGCUUUUUACACCGUGAGGGCGUACCUGAACUGCGACCGGUACUCAGUAGGUCUCCUGGACAUGACGAAGCAGAAGGAAUUUUUUGACCUGUGGCCAGUCCUGUUGGGAGAAGUACCCCCCUACUCAGGACCUCGCACUCCAGAUGGCAGGGAAAUAGUCUUUUACAAGGUCAUUGAUUAUAUAUUACAUGGAAAAGAAGACAUUAAAGUCAUCCCAAAUCCUACCCCGGAUCACUGGGCACUAGUUACUGGACUGCCAACCUAUGUGGCUGAAAGUGGAUUUAUUUGCAACAUUAUGAAUGCUGCUGCAGAUGAGAUGUUUAACUUUCAGGAAGGUCCUCUAGAUGAAUCAGGGUGGACUAUCAAAAACGUUCUCUCCAUGCCAAUAGUGAACAAAAGGGAAGAAAUUGUUGGCGUCGUCACAUUUUAUAACAGAAAAGAUGGGAAACCGUUUGAUGAACAGGAUGAAACCCUCAUGGAGUCCUUGACACAGUUCCUGGGUUGGUCUGUACUCAACACAGACACAUAUGAUAAGAUGAACAAGCUGGAGAACCGCAAGGAUAUUGCCCAGGACAUGGUGCUCUACCACGUGAAAUGUGACAAGGAUGAAAUCCAGGAAAUUCUGCCAACACGAGAAAAGCUGGGGAAGGAGCCAAGUGAGUGUGAGGAAGAGGAACUGGCAAGCAUUCUGAAAGAAGAGCUCCCAGGGCCCACAAAGUUCGAAAUCUAUGAGUUCAGAUUCUCUGAUUUUGACUGCACCGAGCUGGAGCUGGUGAAGUGUGGCAUUCAGAUGUACUACGAGCUCGGCGUGGUGAAGAAGUUCCAGAUCCCACAGGAGGUUUUGGUGAGGUUUGUGUACUCCGUCAGCAAAGGCUACCGGAAGAUAACUUACCACAACUGGCGUCACGGCUUCAACGUUGCACAGACCAUGUUCACACUCCUGAUGACUGGCAAACUGAAGCGUUACUACACGGACCUCGAAGCCCUGGCAAUGGUAACUGCUGCUCUCUGCCACGAUAUCGACCACAGGGGAACCAACAACCUUUACCAAAUGAAAUCUCAACAUCCCUUAGCUAAACUUCAUGGAUCCUCAAUUUUAGAAAGACAUCACUUGGAAUUUGGAAAAUUCUUGCUCUCUGAGGAGUCCCUGAAUAUAUGUCAGAACCUCAACCGCAGACAGCACGAGCACGUGAUCCACCUGAUGGAAAUUGCCAUCAUAGCAACAGACCUGGCACUCUACUUCAAAAAGAGAACAAUGUUUCAAAAGAUCGUUGAUGAGUCUAAGACAUAUGACAGCACGACUGCCUGGACUGAGUACCUGUCUCUGGAGACAACAAAGAAAGAGGUUGUCAUGGCCAUGAUGAUGACUGCCUGUGACUUGUCAGCAAUCACAAAGCCUUGGGAAGUCCAGAGUAAGGUAGCUCUACUGGUAGCAGCUGAGUUCUGGGAGCAAGGAGACUUAGAAAUAAGCGUCCUUCAGCAGCAGCCUAUUCCCAUGAUGGACCGAAGGAAAGCUGCUGAGCUUCCAAAGCUUCAAGUGGGUUUCAUUGACUUUGUGUGUACGUUUGUCUAUAAGGAAUUUUCACGUUUCCAUGAGGAAAUUCAGCCUAUGCUUGAUGGACUGCUGAACAACCGAAAUGAGUGGAAGACCCGUGCUGAUGAGUAUGAUGCAAAAAUGAAAGCUCUGGAGGAAGAGAAGAAAAAAGAGGAAGAGAGAAUGGCUGCAAAGAAAGAUGGAAUAACCUGUAACGGAGGAACAGCUCCAGCUUCCAAAACCUGUAGCAUACUUUAGACGUAUUACCAAAGCAAUAUAUGCCACCUAAAAUGAGAAUGCCCAUGCUUAAAAAAAAAAAAAAA